AUGAUGAGCGAAAAAUCACUGUCUUUUCUGCUUUGCAUUAUUGCAAUCAGCGUAGAAUCAUCAUGGUUAUGGAACGAUGAGCCGAAGUUAACAACUUUGCCACCAGAAACGGAAACUACUGAAAUGGCUACUGAAAAAACCACUCCAGAGCCCGGCUUAUUGGGUUCAGUAUUUGAUCUUGUGGGAGGUUUUCUGGGUCCACCGAACAGUCCAACACCCCAGACUUCAACUUCAGUGUCUCCUGAAGGAGGCUCAAUGCCUUCUGCUACGCCAUCUGGUGGUUUAUUAGAUACGUUACUUGGCGCAGGUAAGUUCAUAAAUAAUGUUUGUAUAUUCAUGUAA